GAACAUUCUUUGAAAGAUGGACGGAUUGACCGUGCACUAAAUGUCUGCAAAAAGGUGGUAGGGUGCUUCUCCUAUAGCUGGAGACGAAGGAGGGAGUUGUCCGAGGCCCAGAAAGAGCUCAAGUUACCUCAACACAAGCUCAAGACUAAGUGUCCGACAAGAUGGGGCUCAAAACAAGCAAUGAUCGCCAGGGUAUUGGAACAACAGAGUGCCAUUUCUUUUGUUCUCUCUGCGGACAGAAAAGCCAGACACCUUGUCCCCACAUGGCAGGAUGUAGAGGUCCUUGAGGCGGUCAACAACUCCCUUUCUCCACUUGCUGAAUUCACGGAUGCUCUUUCAGGAGAGCAAUAUGUAAGUGUGUCAUAUGUGAAGCCUGUUCUUCAUUUGUUCAACAAUAAAAUCUUGGCAGAGAAAGAGGGAGAAACAGAACUGUCAAAAUGCAUCAAGAAAAAGAUCCUGGACUACCUGAAUAAUAAGUAUGAUGAUCCACUGACUCAAGAAUUGCUUGACAUGGCUUCUGCAAUUGAUCCCAGAUUCAAGCUCAAGUAUGUCAAUGAGAACAGAGUUGAAGCUGUCAAGACUCGUUUUAGAGCUGAGAUGGCAUCAAUAUCUACUACAGUCAAGCCUCAACCAUCGGUGACUGUUAGAGAGGAAGCAGAUGACCAAAAUGCUCCAGCACUAAAGAAGACCAAAAAAACACUGGGCAGCUUCUUUAAAGUAGAUGAGGACCAGAGGCCAGCAUCGCCAUCUCUCAAUCUCCAAGACAUGGCCAUUACUGCAGAGCUACAGUCUUAUUUUCUAUCUGCUGCUGUUGAUAGUGAGGAGGAUCCUUUGGUCUGGUGGAAGGAACAUGCAAAACAAUUCCCAGCACUAUCCAAGUUGGCACAAAAGUAUUUGUGCAUUCCUGCCACAAGCUCUCCCUCGGAAAGAGUAUUCAACACUGGAGGAAACAUUGUGAAUUGUUUGCGUGCAUCCCUAAAGCCUGAAAGUGUGGACAGGCUUGUGUUCCUAGCCAAAAAUCUUUAAAAGUCUAACUUGAUGUCGUUCAUUCCUGAAACCUUGAAGUGUUUUUAUGUCUUGUGUUUUAGGCCAAAAUACUUCAUAUGGCAAACUCAGUUUUUUUCUUUCUACAGGUUAUCUUGAGUUGUUCUAUUGUUUUAAUUUUAGUUUUAGUAUAAUACCAUGCAUACUAUUGCAUAUUUGCACUUUUUUUUUUAUUUAAAGAAACCAAACCAAUGUAGAAAAGCAAUAGAAGUUUUUCAGGAAGAGUGUUUUCAGCUUGGUUUUUUAAUUUUUAUAUACAAAUAUGGCAUGAAGUUGCUUUAAACAUGGUAUAAAGCUACUUAAAACAUCAAUCAAUGUAAAUUGUAAUAAUCGUAAUUAAUAAUCGCAAUUACAAUUUCAAAGGAAUAAUCGACAAUUAUGAUUUUUGUCAUAAUCGUGCAGCCCUACACCAUAUGACAUUCGGCGCUGUGAAAAAAAAUAAGCUUAAUAAAUGCACGAAAACGAAUCAUUGCCAGGAUUUUUAGUCAAAAUAUCAAAGGCUUGUUUAAAUGAUUAAAACUAUAGUUUAUAUGUAUAUUCUUAUGUUAAGCUUACUUUUAUCAUGCUAACGUGUGUGUGGGACAGAGGAGAACACAACCGCAUCACAGCAGAGUAUGCUGCCCAUAAUCAUAAAUCAAAAAGCACAUGAGACAGUUGUCGGAAAACACCUGAAAAAUGUUACCUAAAAAAACGUUACUCUUCUGUAUUUUUGAAGUGCAAAAGCUGCAGUUCAGCUGAGCGUGACAAACUUUGCCUGUGUGGAAGCUUAAUGGGCGUGUGCUGCUCCAACUCUGAAUACGCACAGCUUCUGCCACUGCCUCCGCUCUGCUUGAGACCCCAGUGCGAAACCGGCACAAGGUGCGAAUUCUAGUCCACAUUUUGCUCACUUAAAAGGCACUGCACAAAGGUGACCGGACAAAAAAAACAAAAAAGACGGCACAAGCUUGAACAUUUUAGCGACUGCCCUACGUACAACAUUACAUACCGUAGAACCUUAAUGACGAUACUACCAUUUAAGAAAAUACAUUGGCACUGCCAGUAUUAUUAGGAGCCUUAAUAUCACAAUACUACCAUAUUUCCGGCAAAACGUGCAACCCAAGUCUCCAAUAUUUGCAUAUACAUCUAUCUUAUUUCAAUUCAGUUUAAGUUUAUAUGUAUAGCGCUUUUUACGAUACAAAUCAUUGCAAAGCAACUUUACAGAAAAUUAAGUUUCUACAAUAUUUAGUAGUAGCUUAUCAGUGGUGACUGUCAGUUUAUGUGCAUAUGACAGAAAUUUUCUGAAAAAUGAAUACAAGACGUAGUCAACCAGAUGAUGAACACUAUUACCAGCAAUUAUUAUAUGAUGCAAUCACACUUGUAGCAAUAUUUGGUAGCUCUGUAUGUCAGGUGUUCUGGAUCCAGACUGAAGCUUGUGUAAAUCCUAGUCAACAGAGAAACAAAUAGAGACAUAAUAAGAGUAGCUGCUGUUCCAACCAAGUAAAAUUAAUUAGUUUGACCCAAGCUAAAGAAUAAUAAUUGGCAUUUCAUCAGAUACAACUGCAGUCACAAAUUAUGAGAUGCAUUAUUUGAAUGCUUUGCUAAAGAAAUGUGUUUUUAAUCUAGAUUUAAACAGAGAGAACCCAGAACAUUAUCAGGAAGUCUAUUUCAGAGUUUGGGAGCCAAAUGUGAAAAAGCUCUACCUCUUUAGUGGACCUUUAGUGUUUUGUGACCUUAGCGAGCGUGAUGGAUUGUAGCAUGGUAUAAGGCUAGUUAGGUACACAGGAGCUAAACUACUUAGGGCCUUAUAGGUGAGUAAUGAUAUUUUGUAACUAAUAUCAUGCCCAACAAACAACCCUCAGGUUUAACCUAAGUCUUAUCAUUGAGGUGCUGGGAAAAAAAAUAGAAGUGAGAGUAUAAUAACAUUUUCCCAUGUCAAUAUGCGUCUUGUUCUUCAUGUAGGUAGAGAAGUGAGACUUUUUACCUCAAAAAAGAAUUAUUGAAAUAAAAGAAGUAACUAGAGAAGGUUUGGCUUUUAUCAUAUCAGUUAGAUUCAAUUAUGGUUACAAGUUCUGAUUAUACUUUAAAGUGUAUUUGGAUUUAAAUAAACGGAAUAAUUUUUACGUCAUCCUUCACAAAAGAACUCUGAUUAGCUAGUGUUUUGACACACACACACACACACACACACACGCACGCACAAAAUUCUGUUUGCACUUGCACAAGGGAUUGAGGUUUUCAUUUGGUGAGUAUUAAACCCAUCUGUUAAGCUAUGUAUCCCUCAGGAAGCAUCAGUGCUUUGUCUUGUUCAUUGUGUUGUGUGUUUUCCAGUCAUUAAAAACCAUGUUAAGCAGCAAAGAGCCUUAUUAGAUUAGUGCUGGAGGCACACAUGAAAACACGCAUUAAAACAGCCUUCGUACAUCCAGUGAAGCCAGAGUAGGCGGACUCUUUUACUCUCCAUCAUCACCAUCCACAUCUAUUUUAAAACCUUGUUACAUGUGCAUAAGUCCUAGGAGAAUUGCAAGUCAUAUUAUUAAAGUGCAAGGUUAAGUCACAUUCUUGUAAACCUAGUAACCCUUAAGGAUCUUUCACUUGAUUUGUGUCAGCGCACACAGGUACUGAAUUUUGUUUUUAAAACUGGGGGGAA